AUCAAUCCAGGGGUAUUCUAGUAAAACUGUUCAAUCUCAAUGUCUAUAAAUAUCACCACCACCUCCAAUUUUAUUUUCUAUUCAUCAAUUCGCCCAGCGAUACAAUUGCAAUUGCGAACGACAAUCUCUCCCAUUUGGAUCAGCGAUCAGGAUAUGGGGAAACGGAAGUCAAGAGCAAAGCCCCCACCUAAGAAGAGAAUGGACAAGCUUGAUACUGUUUUUAGCUGUCCCUUCUGCAAUCAUGGGACCAGUGUUGAAUGUCGCAUUGAUUUGAAGAAUCUGAUUGGGGAAGCCUCCUGUAGGAUUUGCCAGGAAAGCUUUAGCACAACUAUUACAGCUUUGAGCGAGGCAAUAGACGUAUAUAGUGAAUGGAUCGAUGAAUGUGAGCGGGUCAACAACCUUGAAGAUGAUGCUGCCUUGAGGGACUAAUUGGGAAAGGUUGAAGCUUGCCGUUUUUCUAUGAAAAACGAAGCUGGCUAGUUCGAAGUUCCUUUUAUGAACCUAAAUUAAGAGGGGGUCUUUACUGUUUGGUAUAACAACACUUUUACCCUCGUAGCAGUAUAAUAGAUUAGACAAGUAUGUAUGUACAGAAGUGUGUUGUAACGGCUUGCACUUUGACUUUAUCACGAAUUCUACGUAUUUGUAACCUGCUUUCAUGAUUUUUGAAUUACGAAUCUUGGAGUUGGUAUUUGCGGAUGGAGAGUGGGGUCCUGAACCAACCAUCCUUUAUUAUUGCGAAUAAUUCAAUCUUCUUUUAAAUGAAA